AUGUUAAUAAAUAAAGCAUUGCCCUUGAUGUUUUAAUAUUAUUUUAUAAGGGUUAUUGAAAUAUUAGGGUAAACACAAGAAUUUGAUUAUUAAUAUUUGAUAAUUUAUUUCUAACAAUGUCUUAAAAUAAAAGUAAGUUCAAUCACUUAGAUAGUUAUCUUACUUGGCGACUGUGGAGUAGGCAAAACAACAAUUCUGCACAACUUCCUAGAUAUGAGUUCACAACCUGAAACCACAAUUGGAGUUUAGCAUCAUUCCUUUUCUAGAAACAACAUCAAAUUUUCAAUUUGGGACACGGCUGGAUAAGAAAAAUAUAGAUCAGUUGUCUCAAGUCAUUAUAAGAGAGCAAAAGCCGCUUUAAUAAUUUACGAUAGCUCAAGAGAGGAAACACUAUUGCAUAUUGACAAAUGGAUUGAGGAAUUAAUAUUUUAAGUUGGAACUAAGAUAAUAAUGAUUUUAAUAGGAAAUAAGACAGACUUGCAAAAGGUUGAUUUUAAUGAAUCUGUUUAAAAUUUGUAAGAUAAAUACGAAAUAUCCUACUAUAUAACAACACAUCACAAGGAUCCUGAAUUCAAAGACAAAAUGAAUUAGGUGUUCGAUCAAAUUGCCAUAAACUUGGGAUUGCUUGCUCCUAAUCAACAGUAUUCAUCAACUAAAUAAAUCUUUUCACAAAGGUAGGAGGGCACUCCAUUUAAAUCUUCCACACUUUUCAACAACUACGCAUCGGGUGACUAGGAAAUUAUAUAGAUUCGUAAGGAGCAGCCUUAGGAUGUCUCUGGAGGUGUUCAAAAUGAUAGACAAUCCUGUGAGUGUUGA